GUUAGUCUGAGCUGUGCGUUCCACUCGUUCGCAUGGGUAUCGCGAUCUAUCGACCGCAGAAAUAGGAAGAACCUGUGCUUAUCACGCAUUAGAUGGUGUCUGUGUCCGGCAUUUGGAGAAAAUAACCUGAACCGGCUUCUGUAUGUGCAACGUUUUCCGGCUUCCCACGAGCCUGGAGUGUAAUUCUUUGUUUUAAUUAUUUGAUUUUUCUGUGUUUCUAAUUUUCCGUGUGUAUUUCAUUGAAGCUAGCGUUUUUUUCUGCUUCUGGUCUUUCUGAUUCGGGUCUAGGAGAAUGCUAGAAUGCUAUUCGAAGGGAGAAAUGUGAUUCUGGAUGAUAAAUGUGUGUGCAGCUGUGGAUAUUUGAUAUAACUUACAGUGGUGCCAAAUUUUUCAGUCGUCACUGGAUUGCAGUUCAUUGAGAUAGGAUUGUGAAAAUUUCUGAUCUGAUCUGUUAGUAAAAGCAAAGAAUAUUUGAAUUACCGAUAGCUAAAUAGCCACAUCGAUUCAGCUCUAUCAUCGUUCAGCAAUAGAAUGACGAAAGAUGGUGAACGCGGUGUCGUACCUGACCUCCCACGUGGCCCUUUGUGUGAAUACCGCAACCGGGCCAAAUUUAACUGGAAGGAGUUCAAGAUGGUACUGGAGGAUCCAAAAUUAACAAAUAUAAAGUACAACGUAUGGCAUCGGUUGGAAUCAGAACCACUGUUCACCCCGUUAACGUCAACCCUCUCCGUGGAUGAACAGAAGGAACGUGCAGCCAAACAGGUCAAUCGAAUCGCAGAUCUGGAACUGGCGCCUGCGGAGAUCUACUCCUCGGAUUACAAAUAUCGGGUUCGCUAUCUGAUGAGUAUCAACGAAGCGCUGCACGCCGUCUGUCCCAGCAUGUCGGUGAAAAUUGCUUUGGGAGUGGGUUUAUUCACAAACUCCCUGCUGGCAAUGGGAACCGAAAGACACUCCGCCAUCUACAAUGCCGCGUGGAAUAGAGAGAUCAUCACCUGUCUAGCCAUCACGGAAGUUAGUCACGGUAGCAACACCAAACGAUGUCGGACCACGGCCACCUACGACCCCGAAACGCAGGAGUUUAUCAUCAAUACGCCCGAUUUUGAAGCGGCCAAGUGUUGGGUGGGAAAUCUCGGCAAGACGGCAUCAAUCGCUCUGCUGUUUGCAAUUCUCUACACAAGCGACGGUCAAAAUCACGGACUUCAGGGAUUCCUGGUGCCAAUCAGAGAUCCUAAAACGUUACUGACCUACCCGGGAGUUAUCGUUGGUGAUAUCGGUGAAAAGAUCGGCCUCAAUGGAAUCGAUAAUGGGUUCGUCAUGUUCAACAACUAUCGAAUACCGAGGGAGAAUAUGUUGAACCGGGUGGGAGACGUUACACCGGAGGGUGUCUAUGAAAGUACAUUCACGGAACCAGGAAAAAUUUUAGGAGCAGUACUGGAAUCGUUCUCAGCCGGUCGGCUGGGGAUAAUGCAAGAAUCGUCCAACACACUCUCGCAUGCAGCCGUUAUCGCAGUUCGGUAUGCUGCGCUAAGGAAACAGUUUGGUCCGGAAAAGGACGGACCGGAACAGUCAAUUAUCGAGUAUCAGUUACACCAAUGGCGAAUCUUCCCAUAUCUGGCAGCGGCUUGUAUUCUUAAGGUGUCAGUAUUUACCCUCACCGAGAUCUACCUGGAAACGGUACAGAAAUCUCAAGCAGAAUCCAAUGGUUUCGAGCUGUUGACUCAGAUCGUGUCUGAAAUCCAUGCUUUGGUGUCUUCCUCGAAGCCACUGGUGACGUGGACGGCCCGGGAUGCUAUACAAGAAUCGAGGGAGGCGUGUGGCGGACACGGAUACUUAAAGGCGGCAAAUCUUGGCGAACUGAGAAACAACCACGAUCCCAGCUGUACUUACGAAGGCGAUAACAAUGUGCUGGGACAGCAGGCGUCCAAUUGGUUACUGAGACAGUGGAAAGGAUCGAAGGUGGAGAGUCCGGUGGGAUCGGCUAAUUUCAUCGAGCGAAGAGAGCUCAUCCUGAAGAACUCUUUCGAAGCGAUUUUGGCUGAGAACUGUAGGAUAGAUAGUUCUGAAUUCAUAACCCAUUGUUAUGAGUGGCUCAUGUGCUGGCUACUACAUUCAACCAACGAACAGUUCGAGCGUGUCGAGCAGAACGAAGCGGACAGGUUCAAAGCCAGAAACGAUUCGCAAGUGUACCGUGCGAGAGAUCUGAGCAGGGCAUACGCAGAAUACAACGCAAUGGAAAGUUUCAGAUCCCGGUGCCAGCGAGGUGACGUGCCGACGGACCUGAAGUCAGUGUUAUUCAACGUUUAUCUUCUGUACGGAAUGUGGUGCAUCGAUCAUCAUCUGGCUUCCUUUUAUGCGGGUGGUUUCGCUGCGGGACCACGGUUUGCCGAUGCCGUACGGGGUUCUUUACUGCAGGCCUGUGCCCAGUUUAAGGAUUCCGCUGUUGCUGUGGCCGAUGCGUUGGCUCCACCGGAUUGGGUUCUAAACUCCGUACUGGGAAAAUCCGACGGACGGCUGUACGAAAACAUUCAGAGCGUCUUCAUGACGAAUCCGGGAGCGAUGGAACGAGCCUCCUGGUGGAAGGAUAUCAUUCCGACUAAGAUGAAAUCAAAGCUGUAAUGGAUGCCAGCGGGUAUCAAUCAAAAGUUUCCAAACUACGGGUUGAGAAAGGCGUAAGAAAUAUGAGGAGCGAACAGGACACCGACAGUGACAUAGGUUUUGUGCAAUGAAUGAGGCGUUGUUUCGAUCGUUUGAACGAGUUGUAGUGUAUCCUAAUCCUACCUCCACCUGGGUAAAAAAAAAUGAAGCUGUGAACCAAUUGAGACAUGCACAAUAGAAAUAGACUUCUAUCUCACCGUGUUGUUGUGCGAAAAUCGUUUAUGAUCUUUUUUAUGAUUCUCUUACACAUGAAUAUCUCUACCAACGAACCACAUAAGAAUGGUUGAAAAUCAACAAACUGUGUCUUAUUUUCAAAAUCUGAAUAUUUAUAUGCUGAAACGAAGCAAAUUUUAGGAAACAAAGAUAAAAAAAACUCUUCCUAUAUACACCCUUGAGAAUUUUAUGAUCGUUACUGUAUUUAUCACUAUAUCAAAUCUCGCUUUACAUUGCUGUUACUAGUUUUUUUUUCAAUCAAUAUAAGAGGAAAGUUAGAAACUUCUGUUAUCUACAUAUCUGUUUACUUUAUCUGCGAAUGUUAGCUGAUUUUCUCAUUACUUUUUUCCAUUGUAUAUGUUUACUCAUUUUGAUAACGUAUAUGUUACUGUCCAACUAGAGCGAUUCCUUGUAUGUUUUGGAACAUUGAGUAGGAAAAUAACUUGUUGUUUAUUAGUAUCGCUUCUACAAUCUGGUCGACAUCUCUUUAUUCCCGAUAGCGAUUCUCAGUGUGAUGAUGUAUUGAGACAGUAUUCGUUGUAUUUGUCAUGAAUGUGCAAAAAAAAUGUAACCAUAAACCGAACAUAUGCUGUGACGAAAUAAAGAAACGUGUGCGAUAAGCUGU